CGCCUCUUCCGGCGCCGCGCUCGCCCCCGCCCCGCCCCGCCGUCCGUCCCCAGCCCGGCCCGGCGGUAAGAUGGCGGCGGCGGCCGAGUGCGAUGUGAUCAUGGCGGCGCCCGAGGGACCCGGCGAACCCGAGAGCGAGGAGGAGACGCGGAGAGAGGCAGAGUCAUUCAAGGAACAAGGGAAUGCAUACUACGCCAAGAAAGAUUACAACGAGGCGUACAACUAUUACACAAAAGCCAUAGAUACCUGUCCUAAUAAUGCCAGUUAUUACGGUAACAGAGCUGCCACACUCAUGAUGUUGGGCAGAUUCCGAGAAGCACUGGGAGAUGCUCAGCAGUCUGUCAGAUUGGAUGAUAGCUUUGUAAGGGGCCAUCUACGGGAAGGGAAGUGCCAUCUUUCCCUAGGGAAUGCCAUGGCUGCCAGCCGCUGCUUUCAACGAGUUUUAGAACUGGAUCAUAAGAAUACCCAGGCGCAGCAAGAGCUGAAGAACGCCAGUACUGUGCUUGAGUAUGAAAAAAUAGCUGAAGUGGAUUUUGAGAAACGGGAUUUCAGGAAGGUUGUAUUUUGCAUGGAUCGUGCUUUGGAGUUUGCUCCUGCUUGUCACCGAUUCAAAAUCCUCAAGGCCGAAUGUUUAGCGUUAUUGGGUCGCUACCCAGAAGCACAAUCUGUAGCGAGUGACAUCUUACGAAUGGACUCAACAAAUGCAGACGCUCUGUAUGUCCGUGGUCUCUGCCUUUAUUAUGAGGACUGUAUUGAGAAGGCAGUGCAAUUCUUUGUCCAAGCACUCAGAAUGGCUCCUGAUCAUGAGAAAGCGUGUCUUGCCUGCCGUAAUGCCAAAGCACUUAAAGCAAAGAAAGAAGAUGGGAAUAAAGCAUUUAAAGAAGGAAACUACAAACUAGCAUAUGAACUAUACACAGAGGCACUAGGAAUAGAUCCAAAUAAUAUAAAAACAAAUGCCAAACUCUACUGCAACCGGGGGACAGUUAAUUCAAAGCUUAGGAAACUUGAAGAAGCAAUAGAUGACUGCACGAAUGCAGUAAAACUGGAUGACACGUAUAUCAAAGCAUACUUGAGGAGAGCACAGUGUUACAUGGACACAGAACAAUAUGAAGAUGCUGUAAGAGACUAUGAAAAGGUUUAUCAGACAGAAAAAACGAAAGAACACAAGCAACUUCUAAAGAAUGCACAGGUGGAAUUGAAAAAGAGCAAACGGAAAGACUACUAUAAAAUCCUUGGGGUUGACAAAAAUGCCUCCGAAGAUGAGAUCAAGAAGGCUUACAGGAAAAGAGCACUAAUGCAUCAUCCAGACCGACACAGUGGGGCAAGUGCAGAAGUACAGAAGGAAGAGGAGAAGAAAUUUAAGGAGGUUGGUGAAGCCUUUACCAUCCUGUCAGAUCCCAAGAAGAAGGCUCGCUAUGACAGCGGGCAGGAUCUAGAAGAGGACGGGUUGAACAUGGGAGACUUUGAUGCAAAUAAUAUCUUCAAGGCCUUCUUUGGUGGGCCAGGUGGCUUCAGUUUUGAAGCUUCUGGGCCAGGAAAUUUCUUUUUCCAGUUUGGCUAAAAAAAAAACAAACAAAAAACCAAACCCAAACCACACAUACCUGAUCUGCUUAUUUUAACCUUGAAUACGGACAUAUUUAGACACCUUCCUUCAUCAUGUCUCAUUGUACUUAGAGCAGUUUCAUUUUUCUCGGUUGGAGACCUCUGUUUUGUGUGCGUUUGUGUGUGAAGAGGAAACCAGCUCGGGGAGGGGAAGGCUUGUGAAUUUUGUUUUACUGUUAACUUUAUUAAAAAAAAAUAAAAAUAAAGCUUUGAAUCUUUUGGUCCCUCCAUGCUGGCCCAUACUUUCAGACUGUUCCUGCUCCUCGGCAGAGAGGAUUUCCCUGAAGUCCUCCUGGAAUCUCGACUUGUGAGAGGGUGAAAUAAUCUCCCGUGUCGUUUUGGUUGGCUCCGAAGCGCAGCGUGGCAACAUGUCUGGGGUUUGUAGUAACUUGGAAGUUAUCUUAAUCUUCUGAAAAUAUUGCCAAGAUUCAGUUGAGUUUCAUCCAACCAUGUUUUACCUGCCAGUUGUCUUUUUUUUUCUUUUUUUCUCUUUUUUUUUUUUUUUUGCCAUGGUUCUACCAGAAUGGUACACUUGGGCAUUAACUUAAAUGAUAAUGUGUGAGCUUAACAAUUCUGUAUCAAGAGAAGUGCUUCUUUGGAUUUAAAAGAGCAGCUUAUGUGAGAAUUCCCUGUGAUGCAGCUAGAAUUAAGGGCUUUGUGUGUCCGCUCCAAGAAUUGUCCUGUUUAAGGGAAUAUUGAACUUGCUCUGGGCUGAAUUUCUUCACCGUACCUUGUUUUUUAAUUGAUCCACUUGAACAUUUAAUAUUUGUGCUAACACUUGAUUUCGUUGAGCUUGAUGUUUGAUUUUUGUGUUACUGAUCCAUAAUGUGGAUGAGCUCUUUCUAGCUCUGAAGAAAUGCAAAGUAAUAUUCAGGUUAAUAACUGAAAAUGGUUACUGUGUGCGUGCAGCAGUGUGCUCUCACUAUGUUUACAGGAACUGUACAAAUAUGUUAAACUAGUCGAGUAGUUUUCAACUAGCAGUAAUUUACUAGUCCAAAGAAGCAAGAAAAUGCAAAGUCAAACUCCAAACUGACAGUCUGUCACUUGCUUCUCUCGCACAACGUCCGGACGAGGGAGGAAAGCCUGGAGCUGCGUGCGGCUGCACUGGCCUGAACUGGGAACGGCUUUGGCUUGACGGUACGGCCAGUUGACACGGAUGCUGUUUUAUUUUCACCAUAAAUGUAGUGUUGCAGCAAGAUCUCAGCUGAGAGAGGACUCUGCUUCCAGAAUUCUUUCCUUCUAGAGAGCGAGGAGUUGCUUUGUUCCAGUUACGUACUGGCCGCGAAACGGUUCCGGAGCGCAGUGCGUGGUCGGCAGUUUUGGGCAGCCUUGCUCAGAAGCGGGGUUUGAGAGAAAGUGUGUUGGUACUCGCAGCCCCUGCAAGAAGGGCAGCGUCUCGGCGGCGUGGCUGCGUCCGGGCUGUGAACUGGCUCGCGGUAGCGUAGCGGCGGUUGCAAGGCUGAGUUUUGCUUGGCUGAGAAAAUGGGUGUUGGUACAAAUAACACGCAGGGCUCUUUCCUAGAGGAACCUGACACUAACUUUAUGUAAUACCUGGUUGAACUUCUUACUGCAGGAACAAAAACUGCAAUGAGUUCGUUGCGUGAAGUGAUCCCGUUGAAUGCGAACAUCUUUGUCUUCCUUCCUGUUGAGGGCUGGACUCGUCCUGUUCAGUGGGACGAGUCGCUAGACUGCGACGCGGGUUAACUUCAUUCCCCGCAGUUGCAAGUGUCGUGGUGCUGCCGCCGCCACCGAGUACGGCAGCCCUGGGGUUGUGUUCUGCCAGAACUCUUGACAAUCUGCUUUCGUAGAGGGAAGAUUUAAGGGCUUAAAUUCUAGUACUGCAGAAUAAAGAAAGUAUUUUAUAACUCACUCAAAAGUCAGCUUUUCAAAUGAGCCAAUGUUGAGUAAUAUUUCCAAAAACAGACUCUACAAUGUUUAUUCUAACUUCCUUUGCACCGGUGUAACGUGAUGGACUUAUCCGGAUUGCACUGAAAGCAAAAUAAGGUCCUAGCAUCUUUCAGACUCUGAAACGGUAAAUACCUGGGGAAUUGAAAUCCCGGUCUAUGCACACUGAUACUUCUCCAGUUCUCAUGGUACUUGUAAAUCAGAGUUUACAGGACUUGUUUUAGUGUGGCAUUCUGGAUUCAUAAUGUCUUGUCCUGUGUGUAUUGAUAUUACUGUACAGUUUGGACUUUUCUUGGUCUUUUGUCCCCACGCAGAGAUGCGUCCUGCAUUUGUCAGUGGUUUUUACUAUCGUUUCCUCUCCCCCCGGUUAAGUACGACAGGUAAUUCCUUCUCCAGACUUUGAAUGAAACCAUUCCUUGGAGGAGAGGAGUGGAAUGGCUUUUCUUCUGAGAGAGAAAAUGCAUACAGCAGAUAUUUAUAAAACUGUACAUGAAUGCAUGAUUUAAUGUAGUUAAAUAUUACUAUGGUGAGUGCCAAGACUUCUCCGAGGAGCGUUGUUAUGUGAUUCAGGGUGCAGGCAGACGCGUGUUCCCUUCUGUGCAGAGCACCGGGGUUUGAGCGGCGUUCGGUGAGUCCCUUACCUUGGGACAGCGGCGCUGGCGCCUGGAGGUGGAGGUGCGGUGGUGUAACCUCCAUUGUGUCCUAGUGCGGCCUGGGGACACGGGGCUGUUUCUUUCAGAAAAACCUGCGUAGAUGUGCAUUGCUGGAAACAUUGCCUUUCACACUCGGUAGUUACGGAGCUUUGUUCACGGGUUGUGUUUUGUACUUGGCCGCAGGGAACCCUAGCGCGGUUUUUCCAGCUGCUACUGCUCUGCAGACCUCCCUGGCUUCCUUCGGCUCCAUAGGAGCUACCGGACGCAGGAAUUUGCUACAGAGAUAAUGAAUAACUAUCUAAAAGUGGUUUUAUGCCUAUGCUCUUUCUAGAACGGUAAAGAGCUCAUGAAGGUGGUUGCUGUAGGUGAUAUCCCUGAAGCACGAGCACGGUGGGAUGCAUGUGCAUCGAGCUUUAGUUAGAAGCGUGCUGUUCCCUUUGGGGUGACCGCAGGUUACCACGUGGACUUGGCACGAGGAAGAAACCGCUGGUAAAGCCCUUCCUUUAAUGAGAAGAGCUCUCUUUCUGGAAGUCAGCCUUUGUCAUUACCGAAAGGUUUAUUUUUUGGCGUAGAGCCUUAAUACGUAACCCUGAGGUGUACGUAGCCGUGCCCCCAGGCUGUCCCACGUGCGGAGUCCCCUGCGCCCCGCUCUGAAUGGCCCCAAACACCGACGCCGGGCAGGUUUUGCCGCACGAUGCGCAUUGACCCCUCGGUCUGCCGGCUCCUGCCCCGUGUUCCCCAAGGGGAACGGUUGGUGCUUGAGAGCUCCCGCACGUGGGAAGGAUCCGGAGACAGCCAGGCCGGGUUGGCGCGUAAGGGAGGGGUAUUUCAGCAGAGAUGGUGGAAGUAAUUGCUAUCGAACAGCUCGAUAACUGACGGAAUAGGUGUCGGCUUCCCCCGUAAAAGUUGUCCAGCGCAGGGACUAUUGCGUGCGUGUGAGGAGCGUGGCUCUCGGCAGCCCCAGCGCGUGAAGCGAGGCUCCGUUGUCCUGAUUCUGCAGCGUUUACAAGGAGAUAAGGAAUUGUUUGACUAUUGCGCUUUCCCUCUGAUGGUUUGGUUGGUUGUUUUUUUUUUUUUUGCCUAAUCAUAAUACUUGUGGUGUCUGAGCUGCUGUAGGGAUAGUUUCAAAUAGUGAAAUGCAGUUGCAUUCAAAUGAAAAUGGAAGCAAUUUCAUGCUUUAAAAAUGAAAAUGCGCAUCGGUAAUGUUUGUGUGUGGGAGAUGCUUGCAUGUAUAGUGGUCUGACCUCCGGACCACAAAGCCUGGUGUGUUUUUUCUUGUGUGGAUUUACUUUACAAAUCUGAUGCUGCAUCAGCUCCACCUUCAGUGGGGGAGUAUUUAGAGAGUCCUUUCCACUGAACCUGGACUUGAAAUCAGCUGUAAAGACCAUUAAGAUGCUUCUGGCUGCCCACUGCGACAGGCUCUUCGUUGUUUCUGCUACACAUGCUACAUGGGAAGGUACACGGUUUCGCUUGUGAAUUUGGAGGUGUUGCUGUCCAGCUGGAUCCUUAGUGCUAAAGGCUUCUGACUGUUCUGUAAAUACAUUAAUGCAAAUUGGGGAAAAAAAAAAAAAGGAGAAGGGAAAAUAAAAUGUUUAGGGACAACAGUAUUAUUAUCUGUGGAAUAUCACGAGUCCCUCGGCUUUCUGUAUCUGACGGGGAUACAGAGCGAAAGCUGCUGUGCCGUUUCGUUUCCGUUAUGGAAACCGGCCCAGGUCUUGUGCUCGGUCCCCGAGCCGGCUGCGCUUGGCCGAAUCGCUCCUCAACCAAUUGAAUGACCAAAGCGUUUGGACCACACAGUGGUUUGCUCUUCUUUCCAAAUUACUUCCUCAGUUUCAGUAAUAGCUAAAGCUAUUCCCUUAUCUUCAAGUGGAUGGUUUUCAUCCCGUUUAAAUUUGUGCCUUGUACCCUCCCCUGUCUUAGGGAGAAAGGACGCUCGUGUGUUGCACCUACCCGAGUUUCCCCGAGCAGGGCCGAGGUCCCUCGGGCUGAUGCAGCGGUGCUGGCGGUGACGGAGGCUGCCGGGGGCAGAGGGGUCCCCCGUUCUCCUGGAGCCGCUCAUGUGCAGCAGUGCCGCGUUCUGGGGCUGUCCCUGUUGUCCCGGGGCAGCAGGACCCGCGCUCGGCUUUGCGAGACGAUGCGCAAUGCUUUGGCCCUCCUUGACGUACCCCGGCUCUCCCCUCCCCUGCAGCGUCGGGGAUGGGUUAUCCCUUCUUUGAGUAGUGCGAGGCAGUUUUCACUCCGGCGUAGGUCCGACCCCUGAAGGAAAGCUCUGGUGUGAAACAUUGCCAGGGUGAGGCGUGGUCUGCAACACGGCGUUACCCAGCCAGAGCUUUGGCGUGAUCGGGGCGGCCGAAAUCUGUUGGGAGAGCUGAGCCGCGGCCGCCGGCUGGGGCUGUGCUUCUGGCAGAGCUAGUUCACCUCGAUUACCCCCAUCUUCCUCCUAGCUUUCACUUCAUAGCUCACGCUUCAAAAGAGGAAAAUCACGUGAAGCAAUGUUGGAGGGGCUGAGUGCGGAACAGCAAACCGAGCACCUUCAUUGCAUGCGUAUCUGCUUUGUUGUAACGACAGUAAGGAGUAGUCAGGACAAAACCAGGCACCGACGUGAAGCCAACUUGGAGAGGACGCUAAACCCCGUGCUGCAGUAUUUAUCCGAAUCGAAAUUCUGAAUGUUUACCUCAGUGUAAAUAUCUUUAACCUUUCCAGUGGGAGGAAAGGAGUAUUGCAUGGAGCAAUCACUGUCCCCAUCGCUUUGCCAAACACCUCAUCCUCUCUAAGCCAGGCUUCACGUCGGUACGAACACUGUCCCGCUUUGGACCCUUACCUUCCUAGGAUGUGAAUGGUAAAAAUGUGAAUAUUUGUUGUUUACUUCAUUAGGCAUAAUUCAUAAUGAUGUGUUUAUAUGAAGAAUAUCACAGACUGAAGCAAAACCAUAUGCAAUUGGUUUACUUUAUUAUAAACUGUAUAUGAUGUACAAACUAAUAAAAACUUAAACGAU